UGUCAAGUCAGUCGCUUAGUAGCCGUGAACGCGAGCGAACGCGUCGCGAAUAAACACGCUUGUACUGUGAAACGCUUGUAAAUUAAAUGAAGUGUAGUGUUAUGUAGUGUUUGUGUGUGUGCGCGCUUUGUUGUGACCAAUUCAGCAGGAAGUAAAUAAGUAAAUACUAAACAGUGUUGCGAGCGUGAAGAAGAAGAAGCACAAAUUAAGUGAAACUGAAACUGGAAUAUAUGGCAGUAAAGAGCGUAAAAUAAUAUUAAUUUGCAUUUUUUUGGAGGAAAAUGAAAAUAGAAAUAGAAGGAUAAAUGUAUGCAGUGCAUGCAUACUGCUUGUUAGGCAUUUGAAACAUUUGAAAUACUGAAUAUUUAGCUUACCCAGAAAUGCUAUUUAGGUCAAAACGAACUGGAACACGAAACAAAACCAAAAGAGUUGUUGAAAAAAAAACAUAAAUGAAAAUAAAGCAUACAAGGAAACGCAAAGUACGAGCGUGAAAGUAAUAUUAACAACAAGCACAGGAAGUAAACGUGAAGAUACUACUACAACAGAAACAACAAAUACAAGUGAGUUCAAGUUGAUUGAGCGAUAAAAGCGCGAACUGACAGUUAAAUGAAAUGUCAAAACUCAAUUAAACAUAAAAUCAAUAAGUAGUGGCAGUAGGCGCGUGGCCAAACAGUAAAGCAACAAUAACAACAACAAAAAGCAAGCACACAAGCAGACGCAGCAGAGGUAAGGAAACGGACGUUAUUGUUGGUUAGUAUUAGAAAACAGCUUGUGGAGCGUUUCGAUUGAAUUCGAUUUUUUGUGGGUCAAUGAGAAACAAGCGUAAUUUUAACUGAAAUAACAAGAAAGGCAACAAAACAACGUAAAAUUGCUUUGAAGAACAUACAAAAAUGUAAGAAAGCAAAAAUAAAGAAAGCGUUAACUAGUGGAAAAUAUUGUUGUAAGGUACUAGUAAGCUACAUUUUGAAGAAAAAAAUAUUGAAAAGUGCGAAAUUUUUGAAACUACUACAACAACUACAAUUUGUUGUAUAAAAAUUGAAGGACGAAGCUGCUUGGAACGCAUUUGAAGCAAGGAAAAUAACAGAAAUAUUAAAAAUAAAGACAAAAAUUCUAAACAACAAUAAUAAUAAUUUCAUAAACAACAACAAAAAUAACAAAUAACACAAAAAAAAUUUGUAAAAUAUUAAAAGCUCUUUGGAGUAGUAAAGUAUUGAAAAGGAACUGCGUUGUUUAUAUACAAAAAUAACUGAUUUUAUAAAAAACAGUAAAGUUAAACAACAAAAAACGUUUUUAUGCAAGAAAAGUAACAACAACAAACCAUCAAAAGCAAAAAGUAGCAGCACAGCACUGUGAAGGCAGUAAAAACUAUUUGAAAGACACACGAGCAGCAGCUGUUUAUGCACUGAAAGCUUUUCCUAUAUCAAUCUAAAGCACAUUCGGACCUACAAAAAAAGAAAAGGAAAUAACAAACCACAAACCCGUUAAAUCUGCAUAACAGUGCAAUUUAACAGCAGCAAAGACGCAAGCGCCAGCAAAACCGCUGUGUGUAGGUUGUAACUGAACGAAAUUUGCAACGCAUUGCACGUUGCUGGAACCAGCGCGGAGAUGGAAACCACCCCGAAGGUGCAUCGUCAUCGCCAUCGACGUUCGGAUUCGCGUCAUCAACGGCACGAGCGUCAGAGCCAAAAUAGCAGCAGCAGCAAUAGUAAUAAUAGUAAUAGCAACAACACAACAACCAAUGGUGGCAGCGGCAGCAGCAAUGGCAGUCGCCAACAGCCGAGCCGACAGAGCAAUAAUAUGAUGACAACAACCACAACGACGACGAUACCACUACAAACACAAGUAGCGGAUGCGUUAACUAACACAACGACAAAUACGACUACGGCGUCGACGAGCUGGACGACGCAGCACGACGACGCACAAGCUGCUGUGCUAGUGCAACAGCAACAGCAAUCGCCAACAUCAGAGCAAACGCAUUCAAACGCAAUUCAAUCGCCAGUGCGUGAGCGUCGUGGUCAGGCGCGGACCAAUCGAGCACAAACCGGUGCACAGGAAUUAGCCGCCAUCGCCAGCACCGCCGCCGUCACCACCACUGCUGGAGCAGAAACUUCAACAACCAUUGAGAUUCCAACCGCACUGGUUGAUGAGCACGGCAACGAGGAUGACACUUACGGCGCGACAACAGCAAUCUGUGCUAAUGUGAUUGUCACCACAGUGCAUGAGCGACGUACACACUCCACGGAUACAUUGGAUCCGUUGGCUACAACCUCUUUGAGUCAGUCCACAACAUCGCAACAAACUGUGCUGCUGGUAAAUGGUCAUUCACCGCCACCGCAGGAGGACGAAGAGUUGGAGCCCGUUGCAAAUAGUGAAAACACGUCUAUGACAGCUGCGGCGGACGUUGGUGGUGUGUCGGCGAAAGAUGAGGCUGCCACACAACUCGAGUCGCCCACAGCACCAAAUCCUAACGGUGGCGGUCCGGGCAGCAGUCGUAAUUCAUCUGGUGAUGCGUUGAGUUUACGUGAAACGCUGCAACAGCUACCACCUACGGUGACACACGGACACCGUCAUCGUCGCACACAUUCACCACAAUCGCCGGCGCGACGCACACAAGAGGUGGACGCGUCGUUUCAUCGCGGCAUAUUGGGUUUCAUGGAUCGUGAGUUGAAGCAUAGCUCGCCAACGCCAUCCGCACUGAGUGUGGGUAGCGGUAGUGCAGCAAGCGGUGGUGGCGGUGGUGGUGCUGGCGGUAGCGGUACAGUGCGUAAGCUCCAGUCACUGUCCGAUCCACAGGCGAGUCCCGCCCAACGUUCGGUACGUUCGCGCAGUAGUCUGGAGAAGAGUCCGCGUCGCAAGCGUAGCAAAUCGGAAUCGCGUAGGCGGCGUGAACGCAAACUAAUCGCCGCUGGUGAGCUGGAAGUGCGACAGGCGAACGAGACGUUGAUGCGCUAUUUGAAGCAAUGUUCGGAAAUGAAUGACGCUUCGUUGUCAGGCGAGUUGGAAAUCGAUCAGAAUUAUGAUGAGCGGAGAGUGCAUCGAAAGACGAAAUCACAACGGGAUAAGCGUGGGCAUUUAAUAAGCAAACUGUACUCAGCUGGCGGUCUCACCUCCAUACUACGUGAGCUUUCCGAUGACAUUGUACCCGCGGAGGGUGAGGAAAUCUACAAUCCAUUCACACCGGUUGUCUCCCCCACCGAGGAUACGCCCGCACACAUUGACAAAAUGUUCCUGCAGACGUCAUCGGGAUAUCGACCAGUUGAGCACUGCUAUUAUAAACAUUCGUUUGUGGGUGUUGGCGGUGUGGGUGGCGGUGGUGGCGCCGGUGGCAGUGGUGGUCCAGGUGGUGGCGGCGUUGGCAAUGGACGUGGCGGUGGUGCGCAUCGUUUGUCUGCCGCGGGCGGCAGCUUGGCUGGCGGUUUGGAGCAUGCGGGUAUGUUGCGGGCGAGCAGCAGUUUCGGCGAUACGCGUUGUCUACUCGAUGCCGAGUGUGGAAGGCAUCAUCGUGAGAUCACGUCGAACAUACAAUUGGCCUGCGUCAUUCAACGAAUUUGGAUACUCAUCUCGAAUAUCUGCCACGGUUUGCUAGCUGGCCUAGCUUUGGCGCAUUUGCUAUUCGUGUUGAGCAGCCAUCCCGUCGAUUGGACGCGUUUACUCAGUCUUGCGGGCGAGACUGUAGGGAAAGCGACGCAGGAGGCGGACGCAACAACCGCGGCGUCUACAGUCGCCUCAUCUUUGGUGGAUGGUGGCAGCGGUGGUAGUGAUGUUGAUAAAUCUAUGUUAACUGACACGCAGCAAAAUUUCAGCUUCGUGAAGGAUUAUGCUACAUUCGCUGGGAUCUAUCUGAAUACAUUCUAUUGUUUGGCAAUUGUAUGCAUGGUUUCGGUUUUUGAUCGCAUGGACAUUUGCCGUUGGGACUUCAGCAAUGCCACCGAAUUCGUCUCAUUUCGUUGGCUAAUCAUUGCAAUGAUUUAUAUAGCGACAAUAAUAUUAACGUUAUGCUCCAAUUCGAUUGAUGAACGACUCUAUUACACUAACAAUACGAAUGUGACGCUAACACAAGAAGAAAUGUAUAGCAACAGCGUAUUGAGUGUUUGGAGUAGCUUAUCGGUGACACGCAGCAUUGGCGCCAUCUGUGGUUGGAUAAUGAUCGGUUUGACGCCGCAUGAGGAUCUAUUCUACGAGCAUUUGCUGGAUCUAACCAAGUACCAAGUGACAAACAAUUGAAUGUAAUGCAAGGCGUCUAUAAAGGAAUAUUGGUGAAGAGCGAAUGUGUUGAAAGGAAAAGGCAUCAAUAAAACAUAGUUACUUAGAUAAAUAAGAAAUUGUACAGUUAGUUUAAGCAAGUAGUAAAACUAUUUAUGCAGAAUAUAUAUAUACUAAAAAGCAACAACAAUUAUAUAUUAUUAAAUAAUAAAGUGAAAGAGAUGUUGAAAUUUGGAAAAGUACAAGUAAUGAAAGGCUUUCUUGAAGAAAGCAAUUAACUAAAUGUAUGCAAGAGUGAGCUAAAAAAAACUUGUUAUCUAAAAUAUAUAAUGUGAAAAGAAGCUUUGUUUUUGCGGCAAACUUAUAUGGCAAACAAAAAUUGUUCGUAGACUAAUGCUAAGUUAAUUUGUUGAAAUUUUCGAAAAAUUGCUUAGAAAAUUAAUUAUU